CUUUUCCUCAAAGUUGUAUUCCAGGAAGUUAUAAUAGGUACCGUGUUCGAGUCGGCGAGCCGGAAAAUGAGUUCACGCCAAACGUGCUUUUCCUUAAUGACUCGGAUUCCAUUAGUUUCGAAUGGAUGUGCGAUGUGGAAUUAGGUGUACAAAAAGCCGGCGCCGAAAUUAUAAUAUAUUCUUCUGUAGACGCAAGGAAAAAUGGUGGAUAUUUUUUCUACACCUCAAAUAACAAUGGCCAAUGCGGAAAAGGGAUGCACCUGACGGUAGUGGUCAUACCACCUCAAGAAAUUGGCCAAGGCUCUGUGUCCUCAACAACAGCUUAUCCAGUUCGUGCCACUACGAGCAUUAUACCCACCAUGUCUAUUGCGAAACCCUUGUAUGCCACCAUUACUGAAAAACCAUCUUUGAGCAACGAAGCAGCUGGAGGCGUAGGUCAGGGUUGGGGAUCACUGUUGGACUUUUGA